UGAGUCACCCGAACCAAACCAAGGGCUACGACAUCACUGGCACUUCGGUUUCCAUAGGGUUUUCCGACAUCCUGAAUAGCACCCUGCCGCCGCGAUGAAAUUGAACGAGAAAAACCUGUGCAUGUUCGCCACUACGCCUCCCGUGGACCUCGAGGGAUGGCUUAACAAACGUGGUGAACUGAACAGAAGUUGGCAGCGGCGCUGGUUUGUGCUGAAAGGGAAUCUACUUUUUUACUUCGAGAAGCGUGGCGAUAAGGAACCGCUCGGUAUGAUCAUCCUUGAAGGCUGCACCGUAGAACUAGCGGAAGACAGCGAGCAGUACUGUUUUCAGAUAAUAUUUCACGGCCCACACAAUCGUACGUACUUUCUGAGCACGGAAUCGCAAUCAAACAUGGAGCAGUGGAUGAAGGCGCUUACGUGCGCGGGCUACGAUUACAUGAAGAUGAUGGUAGCCGAGCUGCAGCGCCAGCUGUAUGAAAUCGAAGGGCAGUGCAAGGAAAAAACGCCCGAAAGUACACCCCAGCACGUACCUCCGAAGGCACCACCGCGGCGCCAAAAUCCGUUCAACAAACCACUAUCUACCGAGUAUGCAUCGAACGCAGAUGUCAGCAGCAGUAGCGGCAGCCCCAACAGCAACGCCAACGAGCACAAACUCAGUCAUACAGAUAAUGGCAACACGACGACACCUAUUCCACUGCGCCGAAAAGCUCCGGCACCACCAGCGGUGUCCCAGCCGGCCAAAGCAGUUCUCUCCUCCACAGUCUCCAGCACUAAUCCGUCGCUAGCGGGAGCAGCGACCCGGACAGCACCGUCAGAGUCAAUUCCUGCUGCGGGAGCCAAUUCCUUGGAGGAAGCGACUCGCAAGCUCAUCGAGGACGAGAUGGACGGAGCAAACCAGGGCGAGGGUGUGGUAAAAAGUCGCCGUCAGGUUGUCAAGGCAACGAAAUCGAGUGAUGCCAUUGCGACCAUGGCCAUAGAUCGCAACGACGGUUCGGCAGCAACGGCGGCAUCACGCAGCGUUGACCAAGUCGAUGGCAUCGGUGAGCAGCAUCGUCCGAUUGAUCGUGGCGCUGUCGCUUCGUUUUCGUUUGAGACGAUGCAUUCUGCCCUCGGCAUACCGGUGCUGGCUGAUCUAAGCAAAUGGAAUGCGGGACAAUUGAGCCAACCACCGUCUGAGGCGGCUUCCGUUGAACUCACGACAGAGACGCUCUAGAUUGUGGUGGAGACCCGGACUGUGCUUUUUGCACCAUCCAUAGUGAUACCAGGACGCAGCGACGGCAGUGAUAUCGACGUCGUCGAUAAGCACACAUAUUUAACCUCGAAAGAACAUUUUGUUCAAUGUUGACAUUUUAAUUUUUACCAUGAACAUUCUCUUAUUACGCUUCG